UUUCGAUAUAAAAACCAACCGAUACCUUCGAAAGCGUAUCACAAUCGCUUCAUUCGUCUAGCAAGAACAUAGCAUCCAGCUAGCAAUAUCUAAAAUGACAUUCAAAUUCGCCGUCUUCGCCGCCAUUGUGGCCGUCGCCAACGCUGUUGCUAUCGGAUACCCAGCCCCGUUGGGAGCUUACCACGCACCUCUGGGAGCUUACCCGGCCGUCGCCAAGGUUGCUGCCCCGGUUGUUGCUAAGGUUGCCGAUGACUACGACCCGAACCCUCAGUACAGCUACAGCUACCACAUUGCCGAUGCUCUGACCGGAGAUAACAAGGAACAGCAGGAAUCUCGCUCCGGAGAUGUCGUGACUGGCUCGUACUCUCUGGUUGAACCCGAUGGCACCCGUCGUGUCGUUGAGUACACUGCCGACCCAGUCAACGGAUUCAACGCCGUCGUCCACCGUGAGCCUCUGGCCGUCAAGGCUGUGGCCCCAGUUGCCAAGUUCGCUGCCCCGCUGGCUUACCCCGCCGUCGCUAAGGUUGCUGCCCCGUACGCACCAUACGGAGGAUACCCAGCCUACGGAAAGGCUAUCCUUGGUUAAGUUCGCGAAUUUUUCCCUAGACAUUAUCACGAAUCGUAUCUUACGUCCAGUGCCUAAUGCUCGUGCUAUUUCAAGUCAUUAGUUAACGUUGCCCUAUAUUUAUUUAAAACAAUUUCAUUUCUUCCUUGUUCUUUACUGUAACUCCUUACCAACUCUGAAGCUAUACUCGAUUAGCGAUUUUUUCACUACUAUUUUCAAUCAACUCUCUUGCUUUUGAAAGAUUUUUGUAUACAUGAAAACGGCAUUUGCCAAUGCUGCUGCUAUAGACGAAAGGAACAUAUGUUCGUUUGAUAGACAUGUGAUUUGACUGUUGUGACAAAGCUAUUGUUGCUGUUGUGUUAGUGAGAACGAUCAGCCAAAAAGGUUGAUAAAAAUAAAAAGCAAAUUCUACAAAAGAAAUUAAAA